GCCCCCUCAGUUACCAUGGUUACGCCCCCAUUUAGGUGGAGUCAGGUGAGGCGACAGCUCUUUUUUAAGUGGAAUUGGAAACUGGACGAGAGCAGCAGGGAGUUGUCGACACAUGACUAAUUAAGUGAUUUCGUCGGAUAAUUGCCUGCUUUGAGGACAUCGUCGGCGUUGUGUGCACCGUGAGUUCCGUUUUCUAGUGCUGCCUUCGGUACAUAGAUGUAAAUCACCAUCCGCAACAACACCUGCAACCCACUCUGCGCUUACAUAUAUCAUAUACAUACAUACCUUUGAAGAAGCAGUGCUCCUUCCGUGCAGGUUUUUAUAUUAAUUGAAAACCUGUUCAGAUAAUUGAGCAUUUCUCUCUGUGAUAUCUAGUGCAUUUCCACUCUUGGCAUUAUUAAAUAAAAAAAUAAGCAAAGAAAAUGAGCAGUGAAACUCCUACCGUGGUCAUCGUAAAAGAUGAGUCCGAGUUGGUCACCAAGCUGGCAUCGGUCAUUGAAGAGGCAGCCAACAAGGCCAUCGAGAGUGAAGAACUGUUCAAAAUUGGACUGUCCGGCGGCUCUAUGAUCAAGUUCCUGGAGAAGGGCCUGCCUGGCCUGACCACUGACUGGUCCAAGUGGCGCCUCUUCUUCUGUGAUGAACGCAUCGUGCCCGAGGAGAGUUCUGACUCGACAUUUGGUGCCUACAAAGCGGCGCUCAUUGGCAAGGUGCCCAUUACUGAGGACCAGUUUAUAUCUGUCAACACUGACCUUACAGCUGAGGCCGCAGCCAAAGACUACAUCCAAAAAAUGGCUGUGCACUUCCCACCAGACUGCUUGCCCAAGUUCCACAUUCUGCUGCUCGGCGUCGGUCCGGACGGCCACACAUGCUCCCUCUUCCCAGAUCACAGUCUACUGGAGGAAACCUCAGUGUGGGUUGCUCCGAUUACCAACUCGCCGAAACCACCCCCAGCUCGCAUCACCCUCACCUUCCCUGUGCUGAACAACGCCGAGUGCUGCGUCUUUGCCAUGGCCGGAGCCGGGAAAGCCGAAAUGGUCAAGAGGAUAUUGGUGGACAAAGAGAAUCUGCCUGCAGGCAGGGUGCAGCCUGAGGGCACUUGCCUCUGGAUCGUAGACGAAGCUGCGGGUGCACACUUGGAUAAGUAGAUGGCAAGCAACUUUAGUUGUUUGUUUUUGUGCUGUUGGCCCACUCUGGCCUAAUUGAAGCAGGUGAUAUAUGAAAAGGAUCUUAACUCGUUAAAUUUCCUCAUAUUUUUGAAGUCGCGGUUUUGCUUAAAACAAUUACUCUGAGUCAGUCAGUCCACUCCUAAUAGCGUUCUCUUUGUUAGUUUUUACAAUUACCUUUAAUUUACACGCAUUUUCCGGCAAAGCUGGUUUGUGAAUAGAAAAAAAUGAGAACGGAUGCGACAGCGUGGGAGUUUAAAUAAUAUCUUUGCUGUCAUGUAAUCUUAAUCGUCGGCAGCCCAAAUAUCAAUCAGUCUUUACAACAACUAGUAUAGCUUUGACGGGCUGCUGCUUGUGCUUUGACGUUUUCCCUCAAGGAGGUGCUGAACUGAAAAUAUUGAAGGAGACUCUGUAUUGAAAAACUUAAGCAUGGAACCACCAUUUUAAUUAAAGAAAAAAAUAAAGCAAUUGAUUAGUUUUUAGGAAAACCAGGCAAUUUGAUCGAAUUCGGAAAUCAUUUUUUUUUU